AUGUUAAAACUUCUAGAAGUCAGUGCAUUGCUUAUUUCAAUUAAAUUCGUUGCAUGUUUAACAUACUUUAAAAUCGACAAUAUAGAAGAUUUAAAACAAUUCCCUAAAAUAUUGGAAACUAUACAAAACCAUGAUUUAACCGAACACAUUAAAUUAACACCCAAUAACAAACAUGUAAGUGAAGGGAACUUUAUAAAUAAGAUAUUGGUGAAGCGAAAAAUACCCCACGGCCUAGAUGCGGGAACCUAUGAAUUUGAUGAUAAAUUUAAUACUAUUUAUAAACCGCUCAUAAGACUCCACAAGAAGAUAAAUAUUGGUAAAAAAUUUGAUAAUGCACUUCAACAAUUCGAAGAUAAAUACGAUGUAAGUAAUGAUAAAGCCGAGACCAGAGAAACUAAUGACGUAUGGAACGAACGUGCAUACAUAGAUAAAAAAUGGAAUACAAAAGCAUAUGAUUAUUUAGUCUUUGUAACUAAACGAAAUAAUAGAAAAAAAAAAUUAAAUACUUUACGCGCGUAUGAGAAGUCCGGCGAAGCUAAUGAUCCUUUGGCCCCAGGACCGAAAAUUCCAAUGGAUUUACACGAUGGUAAAGGGAAUAAUUGGAUGCCCCAUUAUCCACCUUGGAAUUAUUGGACGUAUAAGAAAACCUUACAUCAAGAUGCGUGUCCUGGAAGACAAGUUAGAAUUGGAAAUAUGUGUAUGUGGAUACCACCUCAUUAAAAAAAUACUAAAUAAAACACAAAUAAUAUAAA